UAUAAAUCAAUGGAUUGAAUAGAUAGUCAUUAGAAUUAUUUUCGAUUCUCUAAAUUCUCAGUGAACUGUCAAAACUACCGAAAUGUCGAAAUUUUAUCGAAUACUUCGACAUGAAAUUCUCCGGAAUAAUUACAUUCUCGGCAAUCAUCGAGGUUUCAAAAUUUCUCCAUUCGCUGCAGGAAUGAAAAAAGUAUUGGUGAGUAAGACCCUCGGGGCUCCGAGCUCGAGCACAAACUUGAAAGAAGUUCUCAACGAAAAGAUUCCUCUGUACUACGACCUCAUCAGAGAAUUUCGCGACGAGCACAGCUCCAGUGUAAUUGGACAGAUAACAGUCGAUGAUUUGUACUCAGGACUAUCAGGAGUAGAUACGACAGUGAGAGAAACGAGUGAAAUUAAUGCUCAUUCAGGAAUAAUGUACCGAGGGUUGACAAUGCCUGAGAUCGUCAAGCUACUUCCUCUCCGUGGUAAUUAUCCCAGUCCAGAAUCUGUCUUCUGGCUUUUAUUGACAGGAGAUAUACCAACGGAGGUUCAAACAGCUGCUCUCGUAUCUGACUGGGAAAAUCGAAGGGAAAGGCAGAGGUUUUCCCUCAAUGAAGCCAGAAAUUUUUUACUGCCACUGCCCAAGCACCUGGGACCGACAACAAAACUUUCUCUUCUCCUCGCAGCAUUUGAUUUCGAUGAUAAAAAAUCCAGGAGUGGAAUCAGAGGAGCUGCCAUGAGUUGUACACAUUGGGAGUCGAUGUACGAAGACAGUAUGGAUGUGCUGGCUAUCUUCCCGGCAAUUGUGGGACUCGUUAAGAAUCCUGACAGCUUCAGGAACACGAGGGAUUCCGGGGAUUCCGUUGAUUGUCUGAUGGAAUCGCUUAAGAAGAACUCCCAGGAGAAAUUGACGGUUCAAUCGUCGACUGAGGACCUGCUCCGGCUCAUAAUUUUACUCAAUGCGUACUUGCAAUUGGAUGAAGCUGGUGGUGUGCCAAGCAGUCACAUCAGCCAAAUUAUGGGAUCGUGUCAGUAUAGCCCGAGAAAAGCUCUUGCUGCAGGAUUUUUAGCUCUUGGUAAUGAGCCAGUAACUGGAACACUUCCUCAGUGUAUGAAUUUUCAAGAGAAAGUUCAACGACUGCUGGGUGCACACCGAAAGGAGGACAUUCUCCGUGGAAUUGUCAGUGCUUUUAUGAAAAAUCCAUCGAGCUUUCCAGGCUAUCGAACUUCCAAUUUCUGCGAUCCCAGAUUUCUUCUCCUGCAGGAAUUCGCGAAUAAAAUAAACAACGCAUCGCUACAUCCAGAUGUUCAAAUUUCAAUUGAUAUUUCGAACGUUCUGCAAACCAUUUCUGCUCCUGAUGCUCCGCGAUUGGUUCCAGAGAUGAAUUCUUUAGCGGCUCCUUUACUCAAGUCGAAUGGACUUUAUGAUAUGGAAUUCAAUCAGACCGUAAUCUGCAUGGCUCGAUCCAUGGGUUUGCUAGCCUCGAUUAUCUGGAGCAGAAUCAUCAAUCUUCCAGUGGAGAAUCCAAAUUCACGAAGCACUCACGCUUAUAUCGAAUCCCUCAGGAAUCGUUGAAAACAGCUGACCACAUGCCGCCAGUCUGACCACUACCUUCACUGGUGUCUGAUGAUUGUCUGACUACAGGAUGUCAUCAUCCUCGUGAUAGA